AUGUCCGACUAUGCUGAUGACGAGUCGCAGGGCGUGAUGACCCGUGCUAAGAACACGGCUCUCCUUCCCCUACGCAUCGCCGUCUCCAAACCCGCCCAGCGUGCAUACCUGACAUCCGUCCUCUUCUUCAGCACCUGCUUCUUCCUCCUAAUCGUCUCCAUCGCCGCCUACCUCGCUUUCUACUGGUCCUACAUCCCGCGCAUAGGCUUCAGCCGCCCUAUCCACCUCCAAUUCGAUAGUCUCGAAUCACCGCCAUGGGGUGUCGCAAGCCUAGCUCCCGAGCUGGUUAGUCUCCAGCCGUAUGAUGUCAAGAUCCAGAUACGUCUGCCGCGCACAAAGACAAACACCGAGAUUGGCAACUUCAUGGUCGAGACUGCUCUGUUUGCUCCUGGAGAAAAGGGCUCCGUCAUCGACGACUCGCGUAUGCCUGUCGCGAAAGAUCCUACCACGACCAAGGUUCUCGCCAGCUCGAGGAGAACUGCCAUCUUGACAUACUACUCGCCCGUCGUUGAUCUCGCUCGUAAGGCUACCGAGCUGCACUGGCUGAUUCUGGGCUGGCGGCUCGAAGCAGAAACACUCGAGAUUUCCGUCUUCAACGGCGUGUCUUUCGCAAAAGGAUGGAGGAAUGUCCCAGACACCAUGCAGAUUCAGGUCCAAAGUUCUGCUCGCAUGCAAAUCUACGAGGCCAAUGUCAUUUUCAAGGCUCGAUUUCAAGGUCUGAGAUGGAUCAUGUACAACCACCGCAUCACCAGUGCAUUCGUCUUCAUCGGCGCUUUCUGGGGUACAGAAGUCCUCUUCACUGCCAUCUGCUGGGCUAUCUUGAGUGUCUGGAUCUUCUCUUCCGGCGACGACACCUCGAUCAAGAAAGAGGCAGACGACUAUAAACGCAUCAAAGCCGAGGACUCUGAAGAGGAGGAAACUCCCAGGUUAUCAGACACAGAGCGAACAUAUCCCACCUAUAGCAAAGGUCCUGCCAUGCGCUAUACCUCUCCUGCCAUAAAGAAGGAGGAGACGGAACCCGAACCUUUCCCUUCGCUUCUGGCCACUGCUCUGGAAGCUGACGAUGAGGACGAGAGUGACGACUUCUUCGACUCAGGUCUCGGAACUAGCUUGGAGAGCAGCACUGGUCACACUAGCUCAAAGGAAGCCUUACGCAAGAGAAGGAACAAAGCGUCAAGAGGUUGA